CCCAUGGUGAGGCCGGGGAGCGCGGCACGCAGUGCGGGGCUGGGCUCGGCUCCGCUCCACCUGUCGUCUGGCCCGCCGCGCGGGAAAGGUUGGGGCCCCGGGGCGGGGACUCCGGAGGCGGGGCCAGGUGCGCCCCGGGACUGCCAGGGCAGGGGCGGUGCCACCUCAGGUCGGGCGGAGGCAGCGGGGCUCCCGCCGGCCAGGCCUAGGGGGGGGUUGCUGCGGCUCUCGGAGCCUCAGCUACCUCUGCAGGAAAAUGGGACACCAGUGCGCGCGACACGCGAAGCCUCCCGGCCACCGGGUUGUGCUGGGACGCUCGGGUGCGCUCCCCAGCCCUCCCCGUCUGGCCGCCCGAGGUUUGCAGAAAACAGGCCAGAAUGCGUCUAGUACAGCCCCUCCCACCCCUGCCCGCAGCCCGCGGAAUGGGACAGCCUGUGACCCAGUCAGACCACCUGGAGGGAGGUCUUUCUCUGGAAGAAGGAAGAGCUUCCCACCGGGA